AUGACAUCUCGAAGACAUUCAUUACCACGAACUCUGAUGGCUCCUCGCUUGUUUUCCGAAGGGGCCCUGGGGGGCAUUGCCCAGAUCACCCCCUUCCUGUACCUCAGUAAGGGAAGCGUCGCUGCCAACCGACAGCUGCUCCUCGCUCGCGGGAUCACUUGCGUCAUCAACGCCACCAUCGAGCUCCCCAAUUACAACUUCCCCGACUUUGAAUAUGUCAAAGUGCCUGUGGCCGACAUGCCCAAUGCCCCCAUCUCGCUGUACUUUGACAGCGUGGCCAACAAGAUCCAAAGUGUGGCGCGGAAGCAUGGGGUCACCUUGGUUCACUGCGCAGCCGGAGUCAGCCGGUCGGCCACCCUCUGCAUCGCAUACCUCAUGAAAUACCAGAAUGUCUCCCUGUUCGAGGCUUACAACUGGGUGAAAUCGAGGAGGCCCGUCAUCCGUCCCAAUGUGGGAUUCUUUAGGCAACUCAUAGACUAUGAACGAGAGCUCUACGGGAGAAACACCGUGAAAAUGGUACAGACUCCCUAUGGCAUGAUGCCAGAUGUUUACACGAGGGACAGACGAUCCUUCGCACCUUACUGGGGUGGGGGGGUUUGAAGAGAAGGGAUGGGAGCAGAAGAGGACGUGAUGUUCUGAGCCCACCGGACUGGAGACCAUUUCCUUCUCUUCUCGUGAUCAUCAUCUGCUCUUUCCUUACCAGACAGCAGAACCUCGGAGGAGUUUUCAAAGCACUAAACCAGCAACCCCUGAAUUCAGGGGGGCCUUAAACCCAAAUCUUGUGGAGUUCACUUUACAGCAAGGUCUCCUUUGCAAAAAUGUACAGCUU